ACUGAUAAGAUAAAGGUUAUUUUCGUAGAAGCAUGAUGAUAUACUGAGUCCUGGGAGUCCUGAAACCUGUAUAAAAUAGUUAAAUAUCAAUUUAAUUUGAUCAGAUAUUGCAACAGCUCUGGCUAAUGCUCGGAAGUAACUCAAUAUUGAGUUUCUAAUCAAUAAUCAUGAAGGAGCGAAUUUAUCAGGUUCUUGAGGCUGUGCGUACAAGUAGUAAUCACAGGUUAUUCAAGGCCAUCUGUGAAGGGGAUAAAGAUAAAGUGAUAUACUAUUUAGAGAAUCAUGUUUAUAAAAAAGAUGAAAUUAAUAUAUAUUUGAGGAAUGCUAUUCAAUGCCACAAUUUAGAAAUCAUAAAAUUAUUAUUGGAAUAUGGAGCUACAAUAACUCCAUGUACAAUGCCACUAUUCGCUUAUACACAUGAAGAUAUUUUGAAAUUACUGUUAACUCAUUGUAGUGCAUAUUGUAUCCAUGAGUACAGAUGGUCUGGGAAGACAUAUCUGCAUUUAGCAGUUGAAGCUCAAUUCACAGAUGUUGUAGUUCUCCUUAUAGAGAGAGGAGCAGAUGUCAAUGCCAAAACAAAUGAAAAUGAAUCUGUUAUUCAAUUAGCAUUUCAAGCUAAUAAUGAAAAAAUAAUUCAUCUCCUUUUGCAAUGUGAUAUAGAUCUUAGUGCUCAAGACUUUUUUGGAAACACUCCUCUUCAUUAUGCAGUUAAUUUUUUGAACAUAUCAAUUAUACAAAAAGUAUUAAAUAAAGGAGCAAAUGUGAAUAUUAGAAAUAAAGAUGGCAUGACUCCACUAGAUUUCAUGAUAACAAAAUAUGACUUUUCUUUGGCAAGAAAGACUAUUGAAUGGAUGAAUAAAAUGUCUCCUGGUAUUACAUUCAAUUGUGCUGAAAUUUGCCAAGAAGAACUAUAUGUAAAUGACACGAUUAAAAACAAAUUAAUUGACGCUGUCAAAAUACUGCUAGAAAAUGGAUCAAAAAUAAAUAGUUGUUGUACAAACAGUAAAUUGACACCACUCCAUCAUGCUGUGAAAUCUGGUAAUAGAGAAAUGGUAGUUUUUUUUGUACAAAAUAAUGCAAAUAUCAAUGCCAUUGGAGCAAGAGAUGAAACACCACUAAACAUUGCAAUAGCCUAUGAACAUGAAGAAAUAGCAAAAUAUUUGAUAUCAAAAGGGGCUAUUGUGAAUCAUGGAUUUAAUGAUGACAUGCUCUUGCACAUGGCUGUGUUCAAUAAAAAUGAAAAAUUGGUUAAUCUCUUGUUGGAAAAUAAUGCAGAUAUUACUGUUAAAUACAAAGAAGACGGUAGGACUGCUCUGCAUCUGGCAGUAACUUGUGAAUGCUCUAAAAUCACAGAAAUAAUAUUAAAUAAAGGUGCUAACAUAAACGAAAGCACUAACACUGGAGAUACAGCAUUUCAUAUAGCCACAAAAUUGGGGUUUCUUAAUAUAUGUAAAAUCUUGUUGAAGCACAAACCAAAUAUAAAUCAAAAAAAUAGUUUUGGACAGACACCACUUUACAUAGCUGUGGAAAAAGGUUUCUUUGAUAUAGUGACAGAACUGUUACAUAAGAAACCAGAUAUAACAAAAAAUAAAUUAGCAUUAUAUUUUGCUGUUGGUGACACAGAUAAUCACAGGAGAAUUGCAGUAGAACUUAUUUCUUAUGGAUUUUCUUUUGAUUUUAUAUAUACAAUUAGUUUUGAAGAAAUUAUAUCAUUCGUGAAUAAAGCAGUUAUCAAUGGCCAUUUAAAAAUACUCAGAUGUCUACUGAAUUUUGGACUUGAUCUGAAUCUGUUAGUCUCUAGUCAAGUCCAGAAUAAUGAGCGUUUUUUCCUUCAUGCAGCUAUAAAGAAAAGUUACAUGAUUAUCACAAAGCUACUUAUCGAUCAUGGUAUUGAUGUCAAUAUGACUGAUGAAGACAACUGCACCCCAAUAUUUUAUGCUGCUGCUAGUAACAAUUUUAAUAUUGUAAAUCUUCUUUUAGAAAACUAUGCAAAAGUGGAUAACUACCAAAUAUUUUUCAUGGUGAUUAGUAAAGCAAAUUACAGAAUGAUUCAACAUUUUUUAAAAUAUUAUAAAAAUGUGAAUGUACAAGAUGAAUUUGGCACAACAGCUCUUCACAUUGCUGUUUGGAAUGGAGAUGAAGAAACUAUACAGUUACUUUUUGAGAAAGGUUGCAAAUAUAGUAUUGUUCAAGACUUACCUCAUUUUACUGAAGAAAUGAGAUUACGUAUUCAAGAUCAUUACGGCAAGGACGUGUUAGAAGAUUUCCGUAAAAAUAUUGUGACUACUCCUCUACACAUUGCUGCACGUAGAAAUUAUAGUGACAUUGUUGAAGCUUUGAUAGAGCAUGGAUUCAAUGUUGAUUGUCGAGAUAGUUGUGAAAGAACCCCACUUCAUAUUGCUUCAUUGUUCAACAAUCUAGAAGUGAUUGAUGUUCUCAUUGAGUUUGGUGCUGACUUGAAAGCUGUCGAUGAUUUGGGAAAAACUUGUAUUGAUUAUGCUUAUAAUAGUAGCUUGUUUCAAUCACGAUUAUAUUUAGAUAAAGUUUUUGCUUUCAUUUACAAUGUAGACAUUAUCAAGUACGAAGGUGUCAGACCAUUAGGAGUUCUUUCUUUGAGAUUACAAAUGAAAUACCUAGCAAUAUUAAAUUCAAAGAAAGAAAUCGUCGAGGAUCAAGCAGUAAACUCUUAUCAAUGGCAAGAACUAUACGACAGUUGUUGUAUCGAGAUAAAAAAAUUGAAAGAGAUAAAUAUUUUAAAUAACAUUACCAUGUACGACGUAUUGACGAAAGAUAUAGAUAUUCUCGCUCUGUACUUGAAAAACGAAAACUUUAACAAUGAAUUCGAUCUACGAAUGGCGACUAAUAAAUUACAAUUUUACGGUAAAAUCUUAAACAAGCGAAUAAGAAGAGCCAAAGAGAAAAAAUUUUUGUUAGAUGAGACAGAAAUUUAUUUCACAAGUAUUCUGGGAAUGCCAAAUCUUAUAGCUCAUAAUAUUAUGACAUUUUUAAGUAACCGAGAUCUACGAUGUGUAAAACUAACUUAUGAAUUAUUUUUCAGACAGUUCGAUUGUAUCAAAUGUAAGGAAGAAUAAUAGUAAUCAGCUAAA